AUGAUUCAGAGCUUGUUUGAUUCUGACAUUGGAACUCUCGUUCCGAACGAGGAGAAGUGGUUCAUCGCACGACACGACGUCCGGAUGGAUGAUGAGUCCUUUAACCGCGGUGCUUUCGGAAAGAUCUACCGUGGACUGUACGUGAAUGCCGACGUUGUCGUCAAGUGCGUUGCGAUCGAGUUGAAGAAACUGCGGGGCGACUUUCUGAGGGAAGUCAAGAUCUGGCACGAGGCCAAUCACCCCAAGAUUGUUCCAUUUAAAGCCAUUGUCCACAGCGAUCUCAAAGGUGACAACGUUUUAGUGGAUGGAGGAGACACGGCGAUGCUUACCGACUUUGGGAUGAGCUUCUCCAGCGCUGGCGUGCAACCCGGUUUCGACAACUUGGGGGCGAUUCGGUGGCGCGCGCCUGAGUUCGUUUUGUAUGGCAGAGCGUCAUUCGAAGCCGACGUGUACUCACUCGGUAUGGUGAUCGUGGAAGCCGUGACCGAGAUCAUGACUGACGAGGCGUGGGAGCUAGGAUAUUGUGACGACGAGAAGGAGUAUGUGGUUGAAGAGUUGUGUAAAUUGUCCGAGAAGGAUCCAAUAAGCAAAGCGUCGGUGUGGCAGGAGGCAUCCCAGUACAGGUGCAGUUGA